CAUCAUGUGAUUGGUGCUUUUCCGGCCAUGUCUGAUAUAAUUGGCUGAAAGUUCACGAUAAAUUUAAAUGCCUCAAAGCGUGCAUAGAAAUGUCUCUGCACUCUCAAACUAAACAUGUCAAGUAAUCAAUUAGGAGUAACUUGCCACCCCCAACAUUUAGGUUGGUUUUAUAUUAUUCUAUGGCAUAUAUUAUUACUCCCAUUUCCUGCCCCCUAAGGUUUUCGUUUUGUGAUUAGUGUAAACUGAACUUCUUUUGUGUUUUUGUGAUUUUCCUAAUGGCAGUUUCCUUCAGCAGCACCUCCUCCUCCAUCUUCUCACCUCCCAUUAAUUGUCUCAAAGUGUGCGGACUGCUGUCUAAUCCAGGGAGGAUUACAGAAAGACUGAGUGACGUUUAGCACCCACAGCAGAGCAUCUGAUCUGCUGAUUCGAACGGGGAAGCCUCCUAAUAGCUGUUGCUCCGGUUACUGGUCACCAGCGUCCGACUCGGACGACGAGCCCGGCAGCAUGUCCAGACGCACCCAACGUCUGGACAACAGCCUUCUGGAUUGCAGACUGCCACUCGGCAGCGCCUCCCUCAACAUGGGAGGAAACGCCUGGAGAAACGCAAGCAGGAUGUUGAAAUCGCACCGUCCUGUGCAACAGUCCGCGUCCUGUUCGGAGUCGCUCCUCUCCUCCACACCUCGUAAAUCCUCCAACCAGUCGCCGCACGCCGACAUUACCGAUGCCUCGCUGCUCUCGUCCUUGUUGGACAAGUCCUCCUUCCACGAGGCCUCCAUGCAGGAGAGCACGGGAGCUGACAACUUUUGGGAGGGCACCAUCAUGGAGGAGCAGAACAGCACGAUGGCCGACAGCAUUCUUAUUGGCUCCGACAUCCGCUGUCAUCCCAAGCACCCGGUUCAUACCCCAACUCGAGUUUCCUACAAAGACGGCAAGUGCGGCGUGAGCGAGCACAGAACCUCAAACGUCUUGUACGGGGCGGCGCACUCAUCCGUCCCGGAAGCCUCCACCAUCUAUUGCAGCAAGCGAAGACAGCCAUUCAGAACAGAUGUGCCGCAGCUGUGGCUGGACUCGCUCCUGGUUGUCACAAGGAGGGCAGCCGCCCGCUGCCGCUCCAUACUCGCUCGUGCCUGGCGGAUGUGUCAGGUUGACAAUAAACAUGACCGUCCUGCCUCUCGUACGGACCACGGCGGCAACAUGAGUGCCAAGCAGAGGGAGCUUCACCCCAACGGAUCUUUAUGUGAUGACUGCAAGGAGAAACAGCACGCAGAGCAGACUCGCGUUGACGACGGCGGCUCGCCUUGGUCCGCUCGGGCCCGGGCGUUCUGCCGCUUGAUGUGGAACAUCACUGUGUUUACAGUGUGCCGUUUGUGUUGGUUGACCUCACGGCUGUGGACUCUGACCAGGACAAUUUUGUCGUCGGCGUUUGCAGGUCGGUCGUCCAACCUGGGCGGCGUGUUAAAGUGGAUCAGCAGACAUGGUGACGGCCCUAUGUUGACUCGAUUGCCCCUCGCGCUCUUGUUUGUUUUUGUCAUCCCCUUCAGUUUGUGUUGGUUUGCCCUGGGCAGUCUACCUGCUCUAAGCAUCUCUGACAGCCCUACCCCUGCCCUGUCGCAGGAGGAAGUGGCGGAGUCGACACGCCUGGCUCAUCUGGAGCGCAGCCUGGCGUUGCUUUGGGAGCGUGUGGAAGCUGGCGAUCAGAGGGCAGAGCAGAGACACGGCGAGAUGAUCCGGAUGCACACGCAACUGCGGCACAACGACCAGCGCGGCAAAAUGUGGCUUAGCAGACUGGUGGAGCGCCAGCUGGCCCAGCUGAGAAGGCAAAUGAAUGACCACAAACAGCAGAGGGAGCAGGAGUUAUUUUGGCUACAGAGCCAAAUGUCUCGUCUAGAUCUCGUGGAAGUGAAUCUGCAGAAACUGGAGGCCCAGGAGGAGGUGGGCCGCCUGGAGGUAACGCUGAGGGACAUCAGGCGUGAUGUGGACGCUCUUCUAGGAUGUCAACAAUUGGACCAGGAGACUAUCUCAGCUCAGGUUCAGCAGGGAGUUCGUACUGUGCUCUUCGGGAACGAGCGGUCCGAGUCCGGCUUCCCCGACCUGCGGGCGUCUCUGGCCUCACUGGAGCGCAGCGUCCUCCAUAACAUCAGCCAUCAUCUAGAUCAGCGCCGCCGUGAGGAGGCGCUUACUCGAGCGGACGUGAACCUGAUGGUGAAAAACGCGUUGAGGCUCUUCUCCCACGACCGGACUGGCCUUGCGGACUACGCUUUGGAGUCUGGAGGUGGCAGCAUCUUGAGCACUCGCUGUUCAGAGACGUACGAGACCAAAGCAGCACUGCUGAGUUUGUUUGGAGUUCCUCUUUGGUACUUCUCACAAUCUCCGAGAGUCGUUAUCCAGCCCAACGUCCAUCCUGGGAACUGUUGGGCCUUCCGAGGCUCAGCGGGUUUCCUGGUGAUCCGGUUGUCAAUGAGCAUCCUCCCCACCGCCUUCUCCCUGGAGCACAUCCCCAAAGCCUUGGCGCCCAGCGGCACCCUGCGCAGCGCCCCCAGAGACUUCCAAGUCUAUGGUCUGGACGACGCCAGUCAGGAGCGGGGGACGCUGCUGGGCUCAUACACGUAUCAGGAGGACGGAGAAGCUGUGCAGACCUACCACGUCACCGAGGAGAAUGACCGUGCCUUCCAAAUCAUUGAGGUGAAAGUGCUGUCCAACUGGGGCCACCAGGAAUACACGUGCAUGUAUCGAUUCAGAGUGCACGGUACUCCCCGAGACACCUGAACAGACUUGCUGCCUUGUUUGUUUACAAUGCCCAUUUCUUGAUUUCAUCUAAGCACUUUUUAAUCAUAAAAGGAUGAAAUCGUUGAACACACUGGCCUUGAAUGUACCGCAAUUUCCCAAAGUUGCCUUCUUACAAUUGCACUCAAUUCAAUGUUUUAUUUAUUUGGUUUUGGGUUAGUAUUUGUGUCAAAUGUUGGACCUUCUCGUUUGAAUGUUGUCUUUUUGAAUUUAAGAUGUAAAUAAAGAUUUAUACAACGUCUGUA